AUGAAAAAAGAUAAAGGAAAAGGUCCUUGGACUGCUGAUGAAGAUGAAUUAUUAAAAUAAUGGAUUAAUUAGCAUGGUUCAUAAAAAUGGUCAUUAUGUGCAGAAACAAUAAAAGGAAGAAGUGGCAAGUAAUGCCGAGAAAGAUGGUUUAAUAAUUUAAAUCCUGAUGUAAAAAGAGGUUCUUGGAGUCCAGAAGAAGAUGAUACAAUAUUUAAAGGAUAUUUACAAAAUGGUUCUUCUUGGAGUGUUAUAGCAAAAUAAUUAUAAGGAAGAACUGAAAACUCAAAAACCGUUCAGCUUAACCAUUAUUUCAAAAAAGAAAAUAUGUAAGAAAAAAAUAACAAGAAGAAUAUUCUCAAAAUAAUUUCUUAUACAGAUUAUUGA